UGAACAUUGAGGAACAUCCAAAUAAUUCCAUGCUUCAAACAUUGCAAAGCAGAAACAAUCCCAAUUCCACUGACAGCACCACCGUAUGCGAUACUUCUCAACAAGCUUCAUCAGCAUGUCGAAACGAAUCUCCUUCAAAGUCGAAGGCACAGUCCAAGGCGUGAACUUCCGCUCCUUCACAGCCGAAAAAGCUCAAUCCCUCAGUGUGACAGGAUACGUCAAGAACGCAAGUGAUGGAACUGUGGUCGGAGAAGCCCAAGGCUCAUCCUCCAACCUCGACAAAUUCGUCCAACACUUGAACAUGGGUCCCCGCGCAGCAAAAGUCAGCAAGGUGGACCAAAAGGACAUCGAUACCAAAGAUGGAGAGAGUUCUUUUGAGCAGUGAGUUGUGUGUUCUCACAAUAUAUGAGAUGAGAACAUUCAGAUGGCUUUCAACGACUUUGUGGCUGGUGGAGUUGACUGGAGAGUAGGAUCAGGCGAUGAUCAGAGAAGACAACCACUCGCUCAAAGGAAGAAAGAAUUAGAAACUCCCAAAAACCGUGGAUAAAGAUAUGGGAAGAAGAAGAUGGGCUCGAUUGGCACGAACUACUACCUAAUC